AUAUUCCUGAAAUACCAGAAAGCAUCUCAUUCUGCAGAGCACUACAGAUAGCAGAUUUCAGUGGGAAUCCACUGACUAGGUUGCCCGAAAGCUUUCCUGAAUUACAGAAUCUAACGUGUCUUUCAGUAAAUGACAUCUCUCUGCAAGCACUACCUGAAAACAUUGGGAAUCUUUAUAACCUGGCUUCACUGGAACUCAGAGAAAAUUUGCUGACAUAUUUACCUGAAUCACUUGCCCAGCUGCAGCGACUAGAAGAACUUGAUUUAGGAAACAAUGAACUUUAUCACUUGCCAGAAACAAUUGGUGCACUUUUCAAUCUUAAAGACCUCUGGUUGGAUGGAAACCAAUUAGCCGAAAUACCUCAGGAAGUAGGAAACCUGAAAAACCUGCUUUGUCUGGAUGUUUCUGAAAAUAAAUUGGAAUGCCUUCCUGAAGAAAUUAGUGGUCUGACUUCUUUAACAGACUUGCUUGUUUCUCAGAAUUUACUUCAGGUCUUACCUGAUGGCAUUGGAAAGUUGAGGAGGCUCUCCAUUUUGAAGGUUGAUCAGAACAAACUUAUUCAACUAACAGAUUCAAUUGGAGACUGCGAAAGCCUUACUGAACUAGUUCUAACAGAAAACCAACUGCAGUCAUUGCCGAAGAGCAUUGGAAAACUAAAGAAGCUGAACAAUUUGAAUGCCGAUAGAAACAAAUUAACAUCUUUGCCCAAAGAGAUUGGGGGAUGCUGCAGUCUUAAUGUCUUUUCUGUACGUGACAACAGAUUAUCUCGAAUUCCCUCUGAAAUUUCACAAGCCACUGAACUCCAUGUCCUGGAUGUUGCUGGAAAUAGGCUGACGUAUCUUCCCCUCUCACUGACUACCUUAAAGCUGAAGGCUUUGUGGUUGUCUGAUAACCAGUCCCAACCUUUGCUGACGUUUCAGACUGACACAGACCCUGAAACAGGAGAAAAGAUUUUAACAUGUGUAUUACUUCCUCAAAUGCCUUCUGAGCCUGGUUGCCAAGAUAACCUACCACGAUGUGGUGCACUGGAGAGUUUGGUAAAUGAAAUGUCAGAUGAAACAUGGAAUGAGCGGGCAGUGAAUAGAGUCAGUGCAAUUCGUUUCUUAGAAGAUGAAAAAGAUGAAGAGGAUAAUGAAAUGAGAACACUUCUAAGGCGAGCCACUCCACACCCUGGAGAAUUAAAGAACAUGAAAAAGACAGUGGAGAAUUUACGGAAUGAUAUGAAUGCUGCUAAAGGACUGGAUUCAAACAAAAACGAGGUCAAUAAUGCCAUUGACAGAGUGACCACUUCUGUGUAGAGUUUCAUCUCCAGGUUUUACCUCCUGUGUCUUCCCCUGCUGUUGAAAUGUUCCUGUCGUCUUCUGGGACCUCACUGAGCCCCUUUUUUGUUUUUAACCAGAACCUGAUUCAUCAUCUCCAUAUAUGUGAAAAGUGCUGCCCACUGGAAGAAAGUGCCUUAUUUCAUCCAGGCAGUGAACCAAUAAUUUCCAAAUCAAUAUUGUAAUUUUAAUAGUGCUAGGCCUUUUUUAAGUAUAAUACACUACUGUAUGCAGAAUACAAUAUUUUUGUCUUAAACACAGGGGAAAUAAUGCUUUUCUUUUCCAGAGUGCUGGGAUAUCUUUUUCCCAGUGGCUGGAUGUGCUGGUGAGAGAUAUAGUUUUGUGGAAAAUUGAUACUCUUUUUUAUUUUUUUGGCAGCUCAGAUGGUGUAAAUUUUAAAUUUUUGUAUAGGACUUUCAUAACAAAAUGAUGUAUUUCAUUUUUAAGAGAAAAUUUAUCUUGAGCGGUACAUAUUUUAGUAUUUGUGGAAGAGAACAAGUUUCAUGGACAACUGUAUUCAUUCAUUUGUACCACCCAUUGUGCCUUAUUGUGUCUUGUAUGUCAUAUUAGUCUUAAAUAUAGCAAUUCUUGAGGAAAGUGAGUAGAUUUAAACUUGGUCUCCUGUUUAAGAUAUGUUUUUCUUUUUGGACAGUAAUUUGUUGGGAUUUUUACAGCAGAGAACUUAUGUUUAUAUCAUGGGAUUUUAGGUCGUGAAGCACAAAUGUUAGUUUUGUUGUAAACAGAAUUAAGAUUAAAAUGACCAAACUGCUAUUGUUUAUUACAUGAUGCACUCACACUUUAACUUAGUUGUAAUGAAACAUCUUGGUUUGGAUGCCAUGUUGCAUUGCAGUCACUAGAAAUUCAUGCUUCCGUUGUUUUUUUUUUUAAAUGUGCCAUCUGUAAAAUAACUUGAAAAACAGCACGAUAGACUUUCAGAAGCACAGUAUGAAACUAGUUUUAUGUAUUACACAAGAAAGCAUGAUUCUUUAAAGUGCUUUGGUGGUUUUAUAUAAAUAUAUAAAACCAUAAUAAAAAAAAGUCUUUAAAAGCUUCA